AUGUCGCGACCUUUGAGAAAGGAUUACCGCACUGCGGACUUUGAGCAGCUCAGUAAGAUGAUCAAGGAUCAUCCGCUGAUGAAGGCUCCUGAAACGGAGCAGCAGCAGUUGCAAAAGCUGCGAACGCCGGAGUAUCGAACAAAGUGUGUGAUGAGGGCUUCUCUGGAUGACAUUGCUUUGGGGAUCAAUCUCUAUAAGCUGCAGCUGGACAAGCCGAUGUCACCCACUGUUGAGGAACCGGAUUACUUGAAGGAGCCGGCUCCCUCGGCCCGUUCCGCAGCCUCCGCUCGUCCACCAGCCACGCCCUUUAUCAAGGUGCUGCUCCGCAAGACGCCCAUGGUGGUUCUGUUCGAAAGUCGCAGCAUGACCGCCUUGGCGGACACGAAUGAGGGUCGUCAGGUGAUGGAGGACAACAGGAAGUACGAGGAGCUGCUCUCGGGAGUCGACAAAACACGGAGGACAGUAGAUGCGGAUACGCAAACCAUGACGGCGCUGAUGAAAUCAAGACUGGUAAACACCGAACGGCUGACCACCGCCCAGAUGGGUUCCUAUGUGUCCAACUUCGAGAUGUACGACACCUACACUGACCUGGAGAAGUCCACCACGAGUGUACAGGUUCAGGGCGAAAAGAAGAUGGAGAUAACGACCUACCACGUGGGCGGAGUAGAUCAGUUUGUGGCGAUCAAUAGCCUUCCCGGUUUUCGACUAGCUCUCAUGUUGACCAUGCGCAUCCUGGCCAGCAAUGUGUUUGAGCCGCAACAGCGCCGCUACAGGAAUAUGGCACUGCCGGAUCCCUUGGCCGAGGAUGUGAAGUUCAAGUACCGAUUGGGACUGCUUUGGCGACUAAGUCCACCUUCUUCAAAUCCAAAGGUGCAUCAGGCAGUAAGCGAUGUGAGCUUCUGUCCCAGUAAUGGUGACAUAAUGGCGGUGGCCUAUGGUGUUUAUAGCCAUGGCAAGGUUGGCAAGUUGCCCAAAUCCGGAUGGGUCUAUGUGUGGAACAUCAAGAACCCAGUGAACCCGGAAAGACGUUACAACUACCAGGUGGCAGUGGUCACAGUGGAGUUUUCACCCACACAACCUCAACUAUUGGCCAUCGGUUUGCAUAAUGGAAGCGUUGAAGUGAGGGAUAUUUCUGGACAAGAUCUCCCUCCACUAGCCAUAUCCCAACGUUCAUCUUCGCCCCAUUUCGAGCCAGUCACCGCCAUCAAAUGGAUAUAUUUCGAGGGCGAUGUGGGAUCCAGGAAUCCCCACAUCACUCCCUUUUUGGCCACCUCGCAGGCGGGAGCGGUGACCAAGUACCGGCUGAUAAACAGCCCCAAUCUGCUGGGAUUCGAGCAGCAGCGCUUGCAGCGGGCGGAGGGCGAGCUGGAGGGGAUUCCCAUCGAGCGACUGCCUCCUGCGGCUUCGCUCUUGGCCAACAGGCAUCCGCAGUGCUUGGAGAUAGUCCUCGAUCCCGUGCAGGCGGAUAUGUACUAUGUGCUCACCGACGAGGGAACUCUCUACAAGUGCUCCACCAACUACCCACUGCAGCAUCUGGAGCUGAGGCAGGUGCACGAUGGGCCAGCCGCGUGCAUGGAGUUCUCACCGUGGUCCCCAAGACUGUACCUCACCUGCGGGAGUGACUGGUGCAUUCGAAUUUGGCUGGCGGGAAUCCUUCUGCCCAUUGUAACUCUGCAGCACCACCUGUCUCCGGUGCACUGCGCCCGCUGGAGUCGCACCCACUCAACCAUCCUGGUUUCGCUCAGUCGCAGCACUGUGGAUAUCUGGGAUCUGCGUAACAGCACCAUGAAGCCGGUGUCCUCCACCAUAAUCGAUGCUGAUAUCUUCUACUCCACCUUUAAAUUCACGCACUGCGGUCGUUCGCUGGCCGUGGGAAAUGAGGCUGGCAACCUGCUCAUGUUGUCCUUCGAGGACAUGCCCUUCCCCCCGCACUUUCAGUACAAGCAGCUGAAACGAGCCAUCUUCAAGGCUUUGGCCAUGCAACCAGAUCUUCGCAAGCAGGUGAAAAGCGUUGGACACUUUGGCUACCCCGGGGGAAAGAAACAAACCAGAGCUUAA